GCCAGUGAUCGCAACAGCUACAGGAAGUUCAGAUUAAAAAAUAAUAAUUUAAAAAAGCAACACAAGAUCAACGUGGUUCAGACACGACUGAAUGACCUUAGGAGGACACCAUUGGUAUCUAUCCAAUGGAGCGGCUAUUGGUGGCCCCUGCUCAGAUGGAGCAUGGUGCACAUCUUCUUCGCCAGCUGGAGAAGAUGAGAGUUGCAGAGGAGCUCACUGAUGUGGUUCUCGUAGCUGGCGGCAUUGCAUUUGCUUGCCACAAGGUGGUGCUCUCUGCAUUCAGCCCAUACUUCCAAGCUAUGUUUACAUGUGGUCUUAAAGAAACGAGGGGAGGUGAAGUCACCCUGAGAGACACCCCUGCUCAGAGUUUGGAGCUUCUCCUUGGUUAUAUGUACCGUGCUGAACUCCACCUGUCCAAUGACAAUAUCCAGGCAGUUUCUGCUGCUGCCUUUCUGCUCCACGUAGAUGGCGCCUUCCGGUUGUGUCAGCAGCACAUGGAGGCCAGUAUGGACUCUUCCAACUGUGUUGGUCUGUACCACUGGGCCAGAGACCUGGGGGCCACUAGUUUGGCUGACUGCGCUUUCCGAUACCUUUGCCAACACUUUACACAGGUUUGUGAGGAAGAAGAAGUCCUAGAGUUGGGCGCUCAAAGUCUUGCAGAACUUCUGGCUUCAGACGACCUCAACAUUUCCCAGGAGGAGGUAGUGCUGGAGCUAGUGUUGCGUUGGGUGGCAAAGCGGCGAGGAGACUCACAGAGUGAAGCUCAGGCUGUCGAAUUACUCAGUCGUGUUCGACUGGAGCUUGUGGACCCCGUGUUCCUCCGUAAAGCCAGGAGAAGAAACCCGGUUUUGUUGCGGGACUUUGAGUGCUUUAGAAUGAUAGAUGCUGCCCUCCACACUACGGGCCUAUGCGAGGCAUCAACUCCGCCACGACCAAACCUUCGUUAUGGGAUGGAGACCACCAACUUCCUGAUUUGCCUGGGAGGCAUCAGUGGAAGUCCUUUCCGCCGUGGGGUAUUUGCUGAUCCCAGUUUUUGCUUCUCUCCUCAACACAAGAAGACUUACUAUAUCCCCUCUCCUCUGAGGCGCUCAAAGAGUUUUGGUCAAAUCUCAGGGGGUGCUGUGACUUCUGACAACAAAAUAGUAGUUGCUGUAGAGGCAGAGGAUGAAUACAAGAUGAAGAGAGUGCAUAUCUACAGGUACGAUCCUGUUGAGGAGUCCACCUGGGUUGAGAUUUGCUCAGCAGGAUACAGGGAUAUGUAUGCUUUUGGGCUGCUAGAAGAUGCACUCUACAUCAUAGGCGGUCAGAUGAAAGUGGGCCAUCAUUACAUCGUCACGGAAAGUGUAAUGAGGUGGUCGCUGAAGAGAGGAAACAGCUGGCUCUCGUUUGCUCCGCUGCCUCUUCCUUUAGCCUGCCACACCACUGUGAGCCUCAAUGAGCAUCUCUACGUACUGGGAGGCUGGUCACCACAGAACCAUCCAGAUGAAGAACCGGACCAACUGAAUAACAGAGUGUUUCAGUUCGAUCCCGGUAAAGACAGAUGGAAAGAGUGUGCCAGGAUGAAGUACUCGAGGUAUCGCUGUGGCUCUGCUGUUCUCAAUGGAGAAAUCUAUGUUUUAGGUGGUAUAGGGUGUGAUGGAGAGGACCGCGGCCAAUCACGGCGCUCCUUGAGCUCUGUAGAGAUUUACAACCCAGAAGCAGACACGUGGAGGCCGGGUCCUGCUCUGCCUACGUCCCUACUCUCGCUUCGGAACAACACCUCCAAUGUUGGAGUAGUGCUGGGCAAACUCUAUCUUUGUGGAUAUUACAAGGGUGCCAGUCGCCAUGAGAUCAUUACCAAGGAGGUUUUGGAAUUGGACCCUGCAGAGAACGUGUGGACAGUGGUAGAAAGACAUGCAGCAAUGCAUGACAGCUAUGAUGUCUGUCUGGUGGCUAACCUCAAUCCUCGUGACCUCCUUACACAAUGAUACAUCCCUUUAUGGCUUGACGCAGCAACAGCAGAGCUGAGGGAGGUCAACUUCCGACAUCACAACCAAAUUUACCACCUGGUUGUGCCUUGAAAACCACUGACUGUGGAUGGGAGAACUCUAGAUGGUCUUAGUGUGAGCUUUUUGUGCAAACAAACCGAGAGGGCGCAGGGGUAAAAAAAAUGUUUGGCACAGUUAUUGCAUUUUAAAAUGUUCAUCUAUGCCUGAAUCUACUGGAUACAUACUGGUUAAUAGAUGUGCUAUUAUUCUGGUACAUUAUUGUAAUGUCUAUGGAACUUUUUUUGAUGCCUUGAUAAUAAUGGUUUUGAGAUAACAUGGCAUACUGUCUGGCACACAAAAUGUGUACAAUCAAACAAAUCACUCUUCUGUAUUAAAUAUCAAAUAAACUUUGGAAAGAGAAAAAUAAA